CGCGCCUCGUGCCCGCCUACCGGGCGCUGCGCCCCGCGCUGCUGCCGCGCCACGCCGCGCUCGGGGACCUCAUCACUAGACUCACGCUGCGACUCUACAAACCCCAAUGCGACCUGGAACCGAGCUGGGAAGACAACGAGCUGGACGCGGCUACCGCACGCACGAUCAACCAGAUGUACGCCACCACCUGCACCAGACCCUGCGAAGGAGACGACGACACGCCACAGAAGACCAACCACUUCACAGCGCCAGGAUUCUGUUUCGCAUUCCCACUACUUAAACUUGGUCUAUCGAACUCCGCGCUGUGGUCGGACGAGCAGACGAUGCUGAACGGCCUGUCCGUCAUAGAGCAGCACGCGGCGCUGCGCCUGGACGCCGACAUGAUGCAGCCCGCCCUGUUCCCCAUCGACCACAUGUUCCGACUGCUCAUUGACCUCAUCAGCAGCACGAGCGGGCGCGUGCAGGCGGCCUGCACGGUGUCGCUGCUGGAGACGGCGCGCUGCGGCGCGCGGGCCGCGCUGGCGCCGGGGGACGUGGCCUGUCUCACGGCCGGCCUGCAGAGCCCGCUCGACGUGGUCCGCGACGCGGCGCUGCGCGCGCUGCUGCGCGUGCUGGACGCGCUGCCGGCCCUGCUGGAGGACCCGCAGCACGCGCUCGACCUCACCAAGCGUCUGCUCGUCGCCACCUUCGACGUCGCAGACGACAACAAAAAGCUGGCGGAAGAGUUGUGGUCCCAGUUACCGCUGGCGCAGCAGUGGAGCCGCGAGCCGGAGCUGGUGGAGCUGCUGCUGGACGAGGUGCAGCACCCCGCCGAGCCCGUGCAGCGCGCCGCCGCCGCCGCGCUGGCGCACCUCGUGCAGCGCGCCGAGCCCGGCGCCGCCGACCACGUGCUGCGCCGGCUGCAGGACAUCUACACGGAGCGCCUGCCCAUGAUCCCGGCCCGGCUGGACCAGUUCGGCCACGUGGUGGAGGCGGCGGUGGACGCGUGGGGCGCCCGGCGCGGCGUGGCGCUGGCGCUGCUGGCGCUGGCGCCGCAGCUGCCGGCGGCCGCGGUGCCGCCCGCCAUGCGCUUCUUCGUGGAGCGCGCGCUGCCAGACCGCAGCGACCCCGUGCGCGCUGAGAUGCUCAACGCGGCCAUGGCCAUCGUGGACCUGCACGGGAAGGAGACCCUGAGCAGCCAGCUGCCGGUGUUCGAGAACUUCCUGGACAAGGCGCCGAAGUCGGGCGGGUACGACGCGGUGCGGCAGUGCGUGGUGCUGCUGGUGGGGUCCCUGGCGCGCCACCUGGCGCCCGACGACGCGCGCAUCAAGCCCAUCACGCUGCGCCUCGUGGCCGCGCUGUCCACGCCCAGCCAGCAGGUACAAGAAGCAGUAAGCAACUGCCUACCUCACUUGGUGAGCUCUCCAGCCCUGGAAGAGGAAAUCCCGGCCAUCAUGAACAAACUCAUGAAACAACUACUCACGGCCGAGAAAUAUGGAGACAGGAAAGGUGCAGCAUACGGUAUCGCUGGCAUCAUCAAGGGCCUGGGCAUCCUGUCUUUGAAGCAACUCGAUGUGAUGGGCAAGCUCACCGAGGCCAUACAGGAGAAGAAGAACUUCAAGUACCGAGAAGGUGCCCUGUUCGGGUUCGAGAUGCUGUGCCACAAGCUGGGCCGCCUGUUCGAGCCCUACAUCGUGCACGUGCUGCCGCACCUGCUGCUGUGCUUCGGCGACUCGUCGCAGUACGUGCGCGCCGCCGCCGACGACACCGCCAAGCUCAUCAUGAGCAAGCUCAGCGCGCACGGCGUCAAGCUCGUGCUGCCCUCGCUGCUGCAGGCGCUGCAGGACGACAACUGGCGCACCAAGGCCGGUUCCAUCGAGUUGCUGGGCGCGAUGGCGUACUGCGCCCCGAAGCAGCUGUCGUCGUGCCUGCCGUCCAUCGUGCCCAAGCUCAUCGAGGUGCUCAGCGACUCCCACAUGCGCGUGCAGGAGGCGGGCGCCGAGGCUCUCGGCGUCAUUGGGUCCGUCAUCAGAAACCCAGAGAUUCAAGCGAUCGUACCGGUGCUACUGGAGGCCCUGCAGGACCCGUCCAACAAAACGUCAGCCUGCCUGCAGACCCUGCUGGACACCAAGUUCGUGCAUUUCAUCGACGCGCCGUCGCUGGCGCUGAUUAUGCCGGUGGUGCAGCGCGCUUUCCUCGACCGCAGCACUGAGACGCGCAAGAUGGCGGCGCAGAUCAUCGGCAACAUGUAUUCCCUCACCGACCAGAAGGACCUUAUGCCCUACCUGCCCAAUAUCAUCCCCGGCCUCAAGAGCUCCCUGCUGGACCCCGUGCCUGAGGUACGUUCAGUGUCGGCGCGGGCCCUGGGCGCCAUGGUGAAGGGUAUGGGAGAGAGCAGCUUCGAGGAGCUGCUGCCGUGGCUCAUGCACACCCUUACGUCGGAGUCCAGCUCCGUGGACCGCUCGGGAGCCGCCCAGGGACUCUCUGAGGUCGUCGCCGGCCUCGGCGUCCACAAACUGCAUAAGAUCAUGCCAGAUAUAAUCGCGACGGCGGAGCGCACGGACAUCGCGCCACACGUGAAGGACGGCUACAUCAUGAUGUUCAUCUAUAUGCCCGGGGCCUUCACGGACGAGUUCCUGCCCUACAUCGGUCAGAUCAUCAACCCUAUCCUCAAGGCGCUCGCCGACGAGAACGAGUACGUCAGGGAGACCGCGCUCAAAGCCGGCCAGAGAAUUGUCAACCUGUACGCAGAGUCCGCCAUCACGCUACUGCUGCCUGAACUCGAGAAGGGACUUUUCGAUGACAACUGGCGUAUCAGAUACAGCUCUGUACAACUCUUGGGAGACCUACUCUACCGAAUCUCGGGAGUAUCUGGAAAGAUGAGUACGGAGACUGCUUCGGAAGAUGAUAACUUUGGUACAGAGCAUUCGCACAAAGCCAUCAUUAACGCACUCGGCCCCGAGCGGAGGAACCGAGUAUUGGCAGGACUGUACAUGGGUAGGAGUGACGUCGCACUCAUGGUGCGCCAGGCCGCGCUGCAUGUCUGGAAGGUGGUGGUCACCAAUACCCCGAAGACUUUGCGCGAGAUCUUACCGACGCUAUUCGGUCUACUACUGGGCUGCCUCGCCUCCACCAGCUACGACAAACGCCAGGUCGCCGCCAGAACACUGGGAGACCUCGUUCGUAAGCUGGGCGAGCGCGUGCUGCCGGAGAUCGUGCCCAUCCUGGAGCGCGGGCUGCGCUCGGAGCGCGCGGACCAGCGCCAGGGCGUGUGCAUCGGGCUGGGCGAGAUCCUGGCGUCCACGUCGCGGGACGCCGUGCUGAGCUUCGCGGACGGGCUCGUGCCCACCGUGCGCACGGCGCUCUGCGACCCGCUGCCAGAGGUGCGCGUGGCGGCCGCGCGGACCUUCGACAGUCUGCACGCCACCAUCGGGAACAAGGCGCUCGACGACAUCCUGCCGCAGAUGCUGGACGGACUCAAGGACCCCGACCCCGAGAUAGCGGAGGCCACCCUCGAUGGCCUCAAACAGGUGAUGGCGAUAAAGUCCCGCGCGGUGCUGCCGUACCUGGUGCCGGUGCUGACGGCGGGCGGCGCGGGCGGCGCGGUGGACACGCGCGCGCUGUCGGCGCUGGCGGCGGGCGCGGGCGCGGCGCUGGCCCGCCACCUGCCGCGCGUGCUGCCGGCGCUGCUGGCGGCGCUGGUGGCGGCGCGCGGCGGCCCGGACGAGGCGCGCGAGCUCGACCACUGCCGGGACGCGCUGCUGCCCGUCGUCGACCCGCCCGGCGUGCGCAGCAUCAUCGACACCCUGCUGGAGACGAUCCGCGCGGGCGACGCGGCGCGGCAGCGCGCGGCGGCGGCGCUGCUGUGUGCGUACGUGUCGCACUCGCGCGCCGAGCUGGCGCCGCACGUGGCGCAGCUCAUCCGCGGCCUCGUGCUGCUGCUGGCGGGCGCCGAGCGCGACGUGCUGCUCAUGGCGUGGGAGGCGCUGGGCGCGCUCACCAAGUCGCUGGACCCCGAGCGCCAGAUCGCGCACGUGUCGGACGUGCGCCAGGCCGUGCGCUACGCCGCCGCCGACCUCAAGCCCGACCAGUUGCUGCCCGGCUUCUGUCUGCCCAAGGGUCUGGCUCCGAUCCUGCCGCUGUUCCGCGAGUCUAUAUUGAAUGGUCUACCUGAAGACAAGGAGAACGCGGCGCUCAUGCUGGGCGAGAUCAUCAGACUGACUUCUGCAGCCGCCAUCCAGCCCUCCGUAGUACAUAUCACGGGGCCGCUCAUCCGUAUCUUGGGAGACAGGUUCAACUCUAGCGUGAAGGCAGCCGUGCUCGAGACAUUGGCCACUUUACUCACGAAGGUGGGAGUGAUGCUGAAGCAGUUCUUGCCACAACUGCAAACGACGUUCUUGAAGGCUCUGAACGACCCGAACCGACCCGUGCGCAUCAAGGCGUGCCUGGCACUGUCGCAGCUCGUCGUCAUCCACUCGCGCGCCGACCCUCUGUUCUUGGAGAUGCACAACACCAUGAAGAACGUGGAGGACCCGCUCAUCAAGGAGACCAUGCUGCAGGCGCUGCGCGGCGUCAUCUCCGCCGGCGGAGACAAGAUGACGGCCGCCACGGCGCUGGCCAUCCUGCCCACGCUCAGCAGCCCGGCGCUGCUGGCGCACCCCGAGGACCCGCCUCGCUCGCAGGCGGCCGGCUGCCUGGGCGCGCUGCUGCACUGCCUGCCGGCGGCGCAGCAGGACGCCGCGCUGGCGCACCACGUGCUGGCCGCCAGCGACGCCGAGCUGCUGGCGCACGGCCGCUCCGCCGCGCUCUUCGUGGCGCUCAAGGAGACGCCCCACGUCGUCUACAAAGACGAGGACAAGGUGGACAAGGCGCUGCUGGCGCUGCUGGCCAGCGACAAGGUGGCCAUUGCCUGCAACGGGCUCCGCGCCAUGGGCUACCUAAUGCGCCACUUGCUCAAGGAGGGCCGGCCCGUGCCGCCCGCCAUUCUCUCGCAGUUUGUCAGAAGUAUGAACCACCCGAGCAACGAAGUGAAGCAGCUGAUGGCGCGCGCGGCCACGAUGCUCGGCCGUGAGGCGGAGCUCAGCGCCAGCGGACCCAGCGCAGAGCUGCUGCGGGCGCUGUUGCCGGCGCUGGUCAACGGCACCAAGGAGAAGAACACCUACGUCAGGGCCAACGCAGAGAUAGCACUGCGGGCUGUGUUGAGACUGCCACAAGAUGAACAGUUCCACCUGCAAUGCAUGGCGUUGCUAGAGGAGGGCGCGCGGGAGGCGCUGGGCGACGUGGUGGCGCGGGUGCUGCGCCGGAACAUCGCCGACGGCCGCGACGAGGACCUCGACUGCACGCUCCUUACCUGAGACCCACACACUACGCCUUGGGUCCUGGACUACACACUGAUACUAAUUUUUAAUUUGUUAUACAAACUUCUUACUUGUUUUCUUAAUCCCUGUAAAUAUCUGCCAGUCACUUUCAUGUGCUGUUAUUUUUUAUAAAAAAUAAAUUAAUUAAUAUUUUAUACAAAUUUUACUAGACUAGAACCAUUAAUUUUAAAAAUGCAAUUAUUAAUAUAAUGUAUAAAAUAUUAGCAGGAAAAUUGAGAUGUUACAUCCGUACCAUUUGUGAAACUACACUAGAAAAUGAAUUAUAUUUCUGUCAAAACACUAAUCCAGAUAUAUAAAUGACUGAGUACUGUUAAUGUAAUACCCAGGGAAUCAAACAAAAUUAAAGUGGUAAUAAAUAAAUUACUUAAAAAUGGCAUAGAACUGUAUUUCUGUCUGGUAAAGUACAAUCAAAAUUAAUCACAAUACAUGGUAACCCAAGAUUCAAUAAAAUUAUUGAUAGCAUUCCAUAUGAUAUUAUCUACAACAUGAAAAAAUUAUUGAAUUCCCUAAUAUGACAUCAUGCUGAAUGUUGUUAUCUCUGUAAUAUUAACAGAAUAUAAAUGUAUCAAACUGAAUAAACAACACUAAAUAUUAAA